CCACAUGUCACUGCUGUCUUGCAGGAAGAAGGCAUCGUGAAGGAAAUUGACAUUAGCAACCAUGUGAAGGAAGGCUUUGAGAAGGCAGACCCUUCCCAGUUUGAGCUGCUGAAGGUUUUAGGACAAGGGUCCUAUGGGAAGGUGUUCUUGGUGAGGAAGGUCUCAGGAUCGGAUGCUGGUCAGCUCUAUGCCAUGAAGGUCCUGAAGAAAGCCACCUUGAAAGUGCGGGACCGGGUCAGAUCUAAGAUGGAGAGAGACAUCCUGGCAGAAGUGAAUCACCCUUUCAUUGUCAAGCUGCAUUAUGCCUUUCAGACUGAAGGCAAGCUCUAUCUGAUUCUGGAUUUCCUUCGGGGAGGGGACCUCUUUACCAGGCUUUCCAAAGAGGUCAUGUUCACUGAGGAGGAUGUCAAGUUCUACCUGGCUGAGUUGGCCCUGGCUCUGGACCACCUUCACGGCCUGGGGAUCAUCUACAGGGAUCUGAAGCCAGAGAAUAUCCUUCUGGAUGAAGAGGGACAUAUUAAGAUCACAGAUUUUGGCUUGAGCAAGGAGGCCAUCGACCAUGACAAGAGAGCCUAUUCAUUCUGUGGGACUAUCGAAUACAUGGCGCCCGAGGUGGUGAACCGGCGGGGACACACGCAGAGUGCUGACUGGUGGUCUUUUGGUGUGCUCAUGUUCGAGAUGCUCACAGGGUCCCUGCCAUUCCAGGGGAAGGACAGGAAGGAAACAAUGGCUCUCAUCCUCAAAGCAAAACUGGGUAUGCCACAGUUCCUCAGCAUGGAGGCACAGAGCCUGCUGAGGGCCCUCUUCAAGCGGAACCCCUGUAACCGGCUAGGUGCUGGCAUUGAUGGAGUGGAGGAAAUUAAGCGUCAUCCUUUCUUUGUCACCAUAGACUGGAAUAAGCUGUACCGCAAGGAGAUCAAGCCACCCUUCAAGCCAGCAGUUGGAAGGCCUGAGGACACCUUCCACUUUGACCCUGAGUUCACUGCAAGGACACCCACAGACUCCCCCGGAGUUCCCCCAAGUGCAAAUGCCCAUCACCUGUUCAGAGGAUUCAGCUUUGUGGCCUCCAGCCUGGUCCAGGAGCCAUCACAACAAGAAAUGCCCAAGGCCCCUAUUCAUCCAAUUGUGCAGCAGUUACAUGGGAACAAUAUCCACUUCACUGAUGGCUACGAGAUUAAGGAGGACAUUGGAGUGGGCUCCUACUCAGUGUGCAAGCGGUGUGUACACAAAGCCACUGAUGCCGAGUAUGCUGUGAAGAUCAUUGAUAAGAGCAAAAGGGACCCCUCAGAAGAGAUCGAGAUCCUCCUGCGGUAUGGUCAGCACCCCAACAUCAUCACCCUAAAAGAUGUCUAUGAUGAUGGCAAGUACGUAUACCUGGUAAUGGAGCUCAUGCGAGGCGGGGAGCUGCUGGACCGCAUCCUCCGUCAGCGGUGCUUCUCAGAGCGUGAGGCCAGUGACGUGCUCUACACCAUUGCCAGGACCAUGGACUACCUGCACUCCCAAGGGGUUGUUCAUCGGGACCUGAAACCAAGUAACAUUCUUUACAUGGAUGAGUCUGGAAACCCUGAAUCUAUUCGUAUCUGUGACUUUGGGUUUGCCAAGCAGCUUCGAGCAGAGAAUGGACUUCUCAUGACCCCGUGCUACACAGCGAACUUCGUGGCCCCUGAGGUCCUGAAGCGGCAAGGCUACGAUGCAGCAUGUGAUGUCUGGAGCUUGGGAAUCCUGCUAUACACCAUGCUGGCUGGGUUCACCCCUUUUGCCAACGGACCAGAUGAUACCCCUGAGGAGAUCCUGGCAAGGAUUGGCAGUGGAAAGUACGCCCUUUCUGGGGGGAACUGGGACUCCAUAUCUGACGCGGCAAAAGAUGUCGUGUCCAAGAUGCUGCACGUGGACCCUCAGCAGCGCCUAACAGCGGCUCAGGUGCUGAAACACCCAUGGAUUGUGAACAGAGAGUACCUACCCCAAAGCCAGCUGACCAGACAAGACGUCCACCUAGUAAAGGGAGCCAUGGCAGCCACCUACUUUGCCCUGAACAGGACCCCACAGGCACCGAGGCUGGAGCCUGUGCUAUCCUCUAGUUUGGCCCAACGCAGAGGUAUGAAGAGACUCACAUCCACCAGGUUGUAGUGGCCAAGCCUGCCCUCCAGCCUCAGCCUCCCUGCCGGAUGUCCUCUCAGGCUCCCAGACGCCAGAUACAGGUCCUAUUCACGGGCACCUGAGUGACCAUGAGUCCAGCACAAAAAUGGAUCUGGCCUUGGCUGUCUCUGUGUUUCCUUUGCAGCCCUGGAGAGGUUCCUGCCCAGGAUGUCUGAGCCUUGCUGUGCCGACCUCGCCGCCCGCUCUCCUUUUCUCCUGAGUGAAACCAAAUGAACCUGUCACCUCAUAGCACCCUGCUGGAGCCUGCCUGAACUCACUCAGGGGCUCUUGGUCUUUUCAUGUCAUGGCUUAUGUCCAAAGCAUAGCAGUUUUACCAUUCUUAAGUCAGUUAAGUGGUCAGCCUCUCACAAAGGUGUCCUACUGUCAAGUUAAGAAUGUCAGUGCAGGGUCCCUGCCAGGGGACCUCAGAGCUGCUCUGGAAGAGCGGGAUGCUCCUGGGUGUUCUGGUAUCACCAGUGGCUGUGUGAUGGCAUCCACUUUAAAUGCCUGUCCUGUCCAAAAUCACCCAAAGAGUAUCCCUCACCAUCCUCUGGUUCACAAACGAGAUGCUGGGUGGCCUCUCCCUGACUCUGUCACUCACUUGUCAGGGUGAAAGCCCCCAAACCAAGAGUCAAGAUGGCUGAGCCUGUUUGAGAGCCCGAUUCAUGAUGGCUGAAGUUGCCAGGCAGAGCCAGUGCCCACUGCACUGCUGUUCCCUAGCGCUCUGGCCCAGAGGACACUGGAGAAUGCGGGGCUCUGCCAUUGGCACUUGUGCUGGCAACUCUGCACGUGCUUGCCUGAAGUGGUGGUAGUGCAUUCAUUCUCUGUUUUCCUGGUCUACAGAGAAACUAAAGAAAUGGAACUUUAUUUCCUCCCCCAGCUCUUCCUUAGCCUGAAUGAGGACAGGAGAGACACAUGAGCCCCUUGGCCUCAGAGAGGUGCCAGGACAGGCUGCCGACCAGAGUGAUGGCACUUCGCAAAAGCCGUGGUUCUGUUUUGCAUCUUGUGUUUCUGUCAUGUAGACCUGUCUUAAAAUCACACUUCACCAAUAGUGUUUUCAGGGUGUGGUCUGUGUGGGGAGCAGUAGUGACACAGAGCAGGCUGUCUGCACACUAUUUGUGCAGAUUAGUAGAGGGAGACCCUUCCUGCAUGGCAUGUUCCACUCAGCCUGGCCCUGGAAGAGGACUUGUGUAUCCUCCAGUCUCUCUGGGGGGUGCCAGGGAUACCCCCGUAGUGGGCUCAGGUCAGAGGACACUCCACUGUGGCUCAGAAACUGCCAGUCUGAGGGGUAGCCUCUCUGCCCAGGAGGUGUAGGAAACACCUGCUGGUCACAGCAAGCUUGCACUGGGAAGACUGCAAAUGGGUUGUAGCCCCUCCUGUGCCUCACUUAGCUGGAGAACCGAGCCCCUGCCCCCAGUGGGAUGUGGGGAACAUAAUUCCUUUGCUCGGUCUAAUUAUUUCAGACCUCAAAAUGUAAACUUAUUUCACAAGCUUUAAUUACUCCACUGGACUCUGUUUUGUUUGAAAAUUAUAAAAUACAAAGACUGGGAACAGACUGUGACUGUGUGCCAUUUUCACGGUGUCCCUAGGGAAGUUCUCAUAUUUUCUCAAUGGAAAAUGCUUUUCUCAAGGCUGAAAUCACUUCCCUACUAACUUUUGAGGUCUGGGUCCUUCCAUUUCAUGAUAGAAAUCUAGAGGAAAACAAUAGCAGGUAGUCCUAGCGGGGGCCUCUCCAGCAUGGAUCAUGUGCCAGGUGCCCACAGCGUUCGGGCUGGAUUUGCAAUUUCAAAUCUAUGAGUUGCAAUGAAGACAAAGAACAAAAGAACAUAGAAGCCAUUGCUGAGGAGGUGAACAUAGCGCGUCCCCGUUGGUCACACGGUCCUAUCUCCUCUUUUCGGUAAAAAGAGUCAGGUUAUCUGCCUUAUACUCACUCUCACCAACAUACCAAACUAUCCUUGACGUGUCUGUGAAGCAUGUCACAUGUCUGUGGAGGAUGCUGGCCCAGCCCUGCUCUACGGAGAGUGAAAUACCUCGAUGUUCCCCAUGUCACCCAGCACAUGAUACUUGAAAUCUUUGGUAGAGUCAGCCUACAGAGCAUGUAGCGGUGGGAUUAUUUUAAUCUUUGUUCUUUAAAGUUUCCUGUGCAGCAGCAGGCGGUGGUGGCAUGUGACCCCAGUGUCCCUAUCGGACCUUGCCUCUCCAGUGAACCCUUACCCAACAUGAUGAAAGGUUCUCUAUUCUCUACACAAGUGACUGAGUUCCCCCUGCCCCCCACCCUGCUGCAGCUUGGGUCUUGGAAGCUACAGAAUUUGUCAUGAGAAACCCAGCCUACACCCCAGGCCUCCCAUAACCCUACCCAGCGGUCCCUUUUGGGCUAUCCCACUGGCAGCUCAUGUCCUGUUUGCGAUGAGAACAUGAUAAGUGUCCCACUGAAGGGGGCAGGGCUUAUCAGAUUCUACCCAAAGUCAAUGGCGGGGAAGCCAUGAGCAUCCACUGUCCUACAGUCGGAAUGUGUGAUUUUUAAACUACCUGUGUGCCCUGAUUUGGGGGUACUGUUUGACUUUUUAAGAAGCUAGUACCUUGUGCUAUCUAAUGUUGGCAGUAUUGUUUAUAAAUGGUGUUGUUCCUUAAGAUGCCUGCGUUGUACUGAUUCUCUCAAGCACAGAAGAAAAUAUGCCAUGACUCUUCAUUCUCUCUGGCAUGUUUUGCUGCCCUUCACCACCUGCAAGAUUGUGAGACAGCUGGAGUGGAAAAGGACUCUGUGGUCCCUGUGUGGCAGAAAAAGGUGGAAGGCGAAGCCAGCAUGGCUCAUCCAUGCAGGUGACACAACACCUGACCACCCUGCGCCCGCCUCGCACUGCAUUUACACGCUCAGCAGUUACGUUUACAGUUCACUCUGUGUUCACACCUCAUUCACACUUUGUCUGUUUGAGACGGGCGGCCACUGUACAGAUAUUUAUUAUGCUUUCCAGACUUUCCCAUGAGAUUUUUUGAAUAAACAUGGAUUUUAUGAAGUGUAA